AGAUCACAGAUAACUGCCACCACAGACGCAGAGUUCUGAAGUUUGUAGCAGAAACCCUCUCACACCAAACUGCCUCACUUUCAGCAAGCUCAAUUCUUAGUGGGUUUAAUCUAGUAAAGUCUCUCUCUCUCUCUCUCUCUCUCUCUCUCUCUCUCUCUCUCUCUCUCUCUCUCUCUCCCCCCCCCCGAUUCCAUCGGGGAAGGGUUUGUUCUGUCCACCUGCACUUCGUUAGAGAGAAGCGUGCUCAGAGGCAACACCACAAGAGCCCACAGUGACAUAACUUCAUCCAGAGGCUGGCGUGAUUGGGCUGGUCCCCCACCCUCCUCAGCUCUUGUAUCACUGAGACUCUGGCAGCCAGUCCCACCCUGACAGAGUUCACAGCAUAUGUUAGUGGAUCCUUGUUCACAGUGCGUCUGUUUAAGGAAUUAGUGGAAACAGUGUCAAGGGAGUAAGGUCACGGAGGACUUGCUGAAAAUGAAUAUAUGUGCAUUCUCUCUUGUCUUGGCAUUAGUUGGUAGUGUCAGUGGCCAAUACUACGAUUAUGAUGCCCCUCUCUUCAUGUAUGGGCAACUAUCACCCAACUGUGCACCAGAAUGUAAUUGUCCCCACAGCUACCCAACUGCCAUGUACUGUGAUGACCUCAAGUUGAAGAGUGUGCCAAUGGUACCUCCUGGCAUCAAGUACCUUUACCUGAGGAAUAACCAGAUCGACCAUAUUGAAGAGAAGGCCUUUGAGAACGUCACGGAUCUGCAGUGGCUCAUUCUUGACCACAACCUUCUAGAAAAUUCCAAGAUCAAAGGAAAGGUUUUCUCUAAGCUGAAACAACUGAAGAAACUGCAUAUAAACCACAACAACCUGACUGAGUCUGUCGGUCCACUUCCAAAGUCUCUGCAAGACCUACAGCUGGCCAAUAAUAAAAUCAGCAAGCUCAGCUCCUUCGACGGGCUGGUCAACUUGACCUUCAUCUAUCUUCAACACAACCAGCUCAAAGAGGAUGCUGUCUCGGCUUCUCUGAAAAGUCUCAAAUCACUAGAGUACCUUGAUUUGAGCUUCAAUCAGAUGAGCAAGCUGCCUGCUGAUCUUCCACCAUCUCUUCUAACUCUCUACCUAGACAAUAAUAAGAUCAGCAACAUCCCGGAUGAGUAUUUCAAGCACUUCACUGGGCUGCAAUACCUGCGUUUAUCUCACAAUGAACUGGCUGAUAGUGGGGUACCUGGAAACUCAUUUAAUAUAUCAUCCCUGCUCGAGCUGGAUCUCUCCUAUAAUAAGCUUAAGAGUAUACCAACAGUUAAUGAAAAUCUUGAAAACUAUUACCUGGAGGUCAAUGAACUUGAAAAGUUUGAUGUCAAGAGCUUCUGUAAGAUCCUGGGACCACUAUCUUACUCCAAGAUCAAGCAUUUGCGCUUGGAUGGCAAUCCUCUCACUCAAAGCAGUCUGCCUCCUGACAUGUACGAGUGUCUACGUGUAGCAAGUGAAAUCACCGUUAAUUAGCAUCCUCUUAUUCCAAUACAUUGAAGUAUGUUCUGGAGCAAUACUUCAUGGUUGGAUAUGUGGGAGAUGUGUUAAAGUUUUCACAAUAUCCUUCUUGUUGGUGGUGGUAUUACUUCAUGGAUUUUAAUUAAUGAAGGAAAUGUUUUGUGAACAUUUACCACAUUUAAAUAAAAGAUGAAAAGCAGGCCUAUUUCAUCAUGAGAACAGAAAUACAAAACCCGUUAAACUUAAGUCUUUAUUUGUAAAUGUAAUGUUUUCUAUAGCUCUAUGUUCAGAUGGUAUGAAGCCUUCUUACUGAUUACAUGGAAAUCAGCCAAGUUUUUGUGGUUCCCAGAUUUUAAAUUAAUGAUUUCAAGAACAUGAAACAAAUAUACAUGGAUGUUUGUUAUCCUAAUCCAAAUUAUCUUGACAUGUCAAGUCUGUUUUGCAGAAAUUUAGACUCUGCAUUUUGAAACCAGUAAUUUGCAAGAUACCAAAGAAAGUUAAUGAAGUCACAUCUACUUUAAGAAAUGGAGUCCGCAGUAAGGAUUUGCAUAGUUACUUAAUGAAACUUUUCCUGAGUCAUUCUCCUCUGUCAUGUGUAUGUUCCUCUUUGAUUGUUUGCAUGUUAUGAUUAACAGUUGAUAACAAAAUAAAACAAUGCAAAUGGCAUUUGGUGUCAA